AACUGGAAGAUGAGGAAGAGGCUGAGAACUCUUUUUCUUCGCCUCCUGAUAGUGCCUCAAUAGCAUCUGACCGAUGUGAUAAAGAGGAUGAAACACCUUCUGAUGGGAAUCAGUUUCCUCCUGUUGCGGCUCAGGAUCUUCAGUUUGUUCUGAAGGCUGGAUAUCUGGAAAAACGUAGAAAAGACCACAGCUUUCUUGGCUUUGAAUGGCAGAAGCGUUGGUGUGUUAUCAGUAAGACGGUCUUCUAUUACUACGGAAGCGACAAAGACAAACAACAGAAAGGUGAAUUUGCCUUAGAGGGCUACACCAUCAGAAUGAAUAAUAGCCUUCGGAAGGAUGCAAAGAAAGAUUGCUGUUUUGAAAUCUCCGCUCCUGAUAAGCGCACUUAUCAGUUUGCAGCUGCCAGUCCCGAAGAAGCAGAGGAAUGGGUAGAGGAAGUCAAAUUUGUAAUUCAAGAUACAGAAUCUAAUACAAUUCCUGAGGAAGAAGAGGAAUAUGAUGAUGUGGAACAAGUGAAUGGUGGACCAACAGAUGACAUUUAUGAAGAAGUUCAAGAAGAACGUGUUCCUUCAGAGAAUGAAGUGCCAAGAGAAGAGAGCCAGGAGAACGUUACCACUGAUUCAGAUCGUGAAGAGAUCGAUUAUGCCAAUUACUAUCAAGGUUUGUGGGACUGCACAGGAGAUGCACCUGAUGAAUUGACAUUCAAAUAUGGUGAUGUUAUCUACAUUGUCAGCAAGGAGUACGAUAGCUAUGGCUGGUGGGUAGGAGAAAUGGAUGGAACCAUUGGCUUGGUGCCUAAAGCCUACUUAAUGGAGAUGUAUGAUAUUUGA